AGAGCGCGGGUGCCGCUCCCCGCCGAGGGAAGGCCCUGGGCGGGCGGGUCUCGGCACUAUCCAGUCACGGUCCCGGUGCGGUCCCAGCACGGUCCCGGUGUGAUCCCAGCACAGUCCCAGUGCGAUCCCGGCACAGUCCCGGUGCGGUCCCGGCGCAGGCCCGGGCGCUGGAGGCGGCAAUGGCCGCCGGUGGGCAGGGGGCGCUGUGGGGCCGCGGGCGCCGCUCCGGCCGCGCCGCCGCCUCGCUGCCCCCGCACGGCUGUGGGGCCACCAUGGACCGCAAUCCGUCGCCGCCGUGCAGCGAUGCGGAGGAGGAGGAGGGGGACGCGGUGGGCAACACGGUGUACAGCAAGCACUGGCUCUUCAGCGUCCUCACCCGCCUCAUCGAGGUGAUCGCCCCCGCGGAGCCGGACCCCGCCGCCAGCCCCGAGGGAGCCGGGACGGAGCUGGACGAGGAGAUGGAGAAUGACAUUUGCAAGGUGUGGGACAUGUCGAUGGACGAGGAUGUUGCUUUAUUUCUUCAGGAGUUCAAUGCCCCUGAUAUAUUCAUGGGAGUUUUUGCCAAGUCCAAAUGCCCUCGCCUAACUGAAAUCUGUGUGGGAAUACUAGGGAAUAUGGCCUGUUUCCAGGACAUCUGCAUGUCCAUUAGCAAAGAUGAGAAUCUUGGCCAAGUGUUACUGCAACGUUUGUGUGAUUCAGACUCCCCAACUCUUCUGGAAACAAGCAGGUUGUUGUUAACUUGCCUCUCCCAGCCUGAGGUGGCCAAUGUCUGGGUGGAGAGGAUCCGAGAAAACCCUUCUGUGUACGACUGUGUUUGCUUUAUCAUGUCCAGCUCUACAAAUGUUGAAUUGCUGGUGAAAGUGGGUGAAGUGGUGGACAAGCUCUUUGAUCUGGAUGAAGAGCUGAUGUUAAACUGGAUCAAAAAUGGCACUUGUCGCUCUGUGGGACCAUCUGUAGAUGAUUCUCCUGAAGAACUUCCAGACUUUAAGAUUGUGCCUUGUAUACUUGAAGCAGCCAAGCAAGUCCGAUCAGAUAACCCAGAAGGACUGGAUGUUUAUAUGCAUAUCCUGCAGCUCCUGACCACAGUGGAUGAGGGAAUCCAGGCUAUUGUGCAGGCUCCUGAUGGAGGAAAAGAGACAUGGAGUUUGCUUUAUGACCUCGUUUGCCAGGAGCUUUGCCAGCCAGAUGAUCCACCCAUCAUUGUGCAGGAGCAGAAGACUGUGCUGGCCUCUAUUUUGUCCGUGCUGUCUGCUAUGUUUGCUUCACAAACAGAGCAGGAGUACACCAGGAUGAGGAAAAAUAUGCCACUGAUUGGGAGCUUGAUUCGUAUUUUACAAUACAUGGAGGGCUGUGGGAAGAGAGCUGUUGAGAACUCCAAGGAAUCUGAGGAAGAGGAGACUGGAAGGACUGAUGUAAAUGAGGAAGAUUUCCAUUUAAAAAUUUUGAAGGAUAUUUGCUGUGAAUUGCUUUCCAAUAUGCUUCAAGAACUAACCAAGGAGAAUACCAUGGAAGGACUGCACCAGGGACACCUGAAUGAACAGACAUGUUCCUGUGCUUUUCAGAACCUCUUACCUCUGUAUUCUGCUUCGGUGGAGAGUUUCCUUGAAGUCCUGCGGGAGGCUGAUCAGACACUUGCUAACAAUCUAGAAAAACGUUUCCCAAGCCUGAAGGUUCACACCUAAGAAUGUACAUGAAAUGUUUUCCUUCUUUGGAAUGAAGAUUUUUGACUGUUUCAUUACAGCAUUUCAGAAAUCAAGUUUUCAGUAAAUGCAGGAGAAUGAGUCAACCUCUUUACCAGCAGGUGGCUUUUAAGCAAUGCUCUGGAUAGCCCUAAUUAACCUAGGGUUAACCUGGUCUGCAAGGGGAAAGAAAUGACUGUGAAUCACUUCUGCAUCUUCCAUCCUGUUUGCUCUGGUUAUGAGAGACUGUUGAUUUCUACUUGCUCUCCUGCAGAGUAGUUUUCUUUGAAUAACACUCAAUUCUUUGCUUUUCAACUGAAGUUGAAACAGCAAAAUGAAUGAAAUGCACUGAGUAAUUCUUUAACAUGGUGCUGGUUUCUUUUGAGUUUUUGGCAAAAGGAGGUUUGCUCAAUAGAAAUCCCCCUCAAGCAUCUGAUAAAAACAGUUAAAUUAUUUAGUUGUUUGGGGAUUUUUUUAGAUCAUAUCAAUACCUUGAGCAGGUAUUGUAACAAAAGCAUUUCAUUCUGCUCCUUUCAAAUCUUCACACUUCUUCUACUUAAGCCUCUUCUUCACUGCAGCUCUGAGCUGUGGUGUCUCAGUCCUGUGCAGUUAAAGGACUUGAGAAUAUUGUUACCAAUGGUCUGUGCUGCAGCUUCCAGCCAUUGCAGGUAGCUACCCACAGGUAAGAGUUGCAGGGCAGCUUUGGAUUCAAUCCCUGCUAUACUUGCAGACCUUUGGGGUUUUUUUCAGCAGUCUGCUUCAGUGUAGGAGUGUAACAUGUCAGUUCUUUCCUUCUUGAUUUCUUGUAUGAAUUAUCUCAGAAUGGCAUCAGAAAUGCCAUGUUUUCCAUGGGGGAGGUUAGGGUGUUAGGUCACUUGCAGGAAAUUCAGUGUACAAUCUCCUAAAACUUUAUGAUAUUUUAACUGCAUUGCAUUUUUAGAUCCCAUGUCUGCAUGCAAUGGACCUGACAUGUUCUGAGUCUGAAGAGACAGCACAACAGCACAUCAGCUUCACUGUUUCUGUAAAUGAGAAAACAAUUGGCCUUUAUUAGGUUUAAGAUGUAAAAGCAAAUGGGAACCAGAGCAUAGAGAAUAAUAGCUGAAUGUCACAUUCCCUGGCUCUCCAGGUGUUACAGACUUUAGGAUUAGGCUGGGCCAUGUUGUGUUACCAGAGUUACCAGGACAUGUGGUAAAAUACAUACAUGUGUAUAUGUAUAUAUAACCUUUCCAUCCCAACCUCCAGUUUUCAAAACCAGUGCAAUUCAAUCAUCCCCCUGCCAGCAGCAUCUUAGUUGUCAGCAGGGAAUUUGGAAUUGCAAAUACCUGACUUGUGUUGCCAAAAAGAAUUGCCAUGGUUUAUAUCAAUUUUUGUAUGCUAUGUUUGUUGGAGAAAACUGGUGACUGUGAAUCAGAGGACACCAUUUUUCAUACUACUUUGACAGUUUUGGGAUAUUUUCUUAAACCUACAGAUUUGUAAUAAAGCUUCUUU